GGUCCCCUGACCCAAGUUUGAAAACCCAUGCAUUCAUGUAUUGAUGUACAUUAAGCGACUUACUUCUAUGUCUUCCUCUCAGAAUUUCAUGAUCUUCAACAACAUCACAUGACUUCUAAAGAAAUUCCUGAGGUGCAAACCAGGAUACCGGGUGUGUAUACAUUGAAGGUUUGUUAUGGCAAAAGAUUAGGUGAUCAUACUUAUUUUCAUGUGAUAAACAGAUGAUGUGCAUUUAAAGAAGUCAAGAAAUGCAAUGAAGCGAGUUGGUCUGAAGACAAAGAAUGUUCAGCUGGCCAAAAGUCCCAUAUACCAUGGUAAGCUUGUGUUUUAACUUCUCUAAGGAACUUAGCAGAAUCAGCUUUAUAAUUGUCUUUGCAGUUUUUGAAUGUCUUAUGUCUUUUCUUGAAAAUAGUCAAGAGUCCCCUUAUUCAGAAAGUUCCGCGUGUCAAAACAUCUGGUGACUAUGAAAAACUUUCUUUUUUUUUUUACUUAAAUUGAAUCUGGUUAAGCUAAUUUGAUCAUUCAAAUUCACAUUGUUCAGGUGACUGUCUGGAUGAUAACACUGAAAUCCCUGAUAAGAGUUAUUUCAACUCAAGCCAGCCAAACCCAGUAUUCUUAGGUGAGGCAAUAGAUAUUCCCUUCAACACAUGCCUAUCACAAAGUAACUUAUAAGAGAAUUUUGUGUCAUCUGCAUGAUCUGUCUCACAGAUACUCUUCAGGAAAUGUGGCAAUGCAUGAGGAUGAUCAUCCCAAAAGCUCUGCUUCUUCAGGGAAGGAACCAAAGGAAACAAAAUGCAAAGUCACCAUGGAGAAAUUGUUUGAUCUGAAUACUAAGAUUCUCCAACAAAUUCAAAUGUUGGAACAGAGACAAGCUGUCAUCAUGAACGACUUGGCAAAAGUUAAGUCUGUUCUCAUGAAGCGGGCAGAUGAAGAUGCCCAUGAGGAACUUUUUAAACAACAACAGUGCUCCAGCUUUGAAACGUUUGAAGCCUUCUGUCAGAGGCUUGAAGAAGACAAAAAUUAUCGUGAGCUUUAUGUACACUAUCUCAUCCAUACUCACGGCAGCUCCAAUAUAGGUGAGAUGGUGAGACAGAGUUUAAAAAGCAUUGCAACAGACGAUGUUCUCUGUCUGUAUAACCGAACGGGGAAAGAUGGAAAGAAGGUGUUGCCACCUGUGCUCCUGACAUGUUUGAAAAGAUGUGUCAGGUCUUUUCAAACACACAAUGAAAUAGAGGUGAAGAAGCAAAAAGUCGUCACAAUAACUACACCAGAAGCUGAAUGUAUUCGCCAAGUUGAAAUUUUUGUGUCCAAUGCCAACACCAGGCUGAAAAGAAAAGAAAAUAAAGAAAAAAACUGACUUUUUGUUUGAUUGUCUUUCUUGAUGGAAAUAAAGAAUGUGCUUGUAAAUGUUUGAGAUGACUGAUCCAUUUUAGAUAACAGUAAACUAACAUAAUUAUUGCACAAUGGUCUCAUAUGGUGAUCUCACGGUAUGA